AUGGCUUCUUCUAUCCUGAAUAAUCAUUCAGAAUCAAAGGUGUCGUCGCCCGGGGAUCUUCCAUUACUCCUGCAAAAGCCGCGCAAAUGGACAUACAAACACCUCGAAGUAGCACGGGUGAAAUUGAGUGAGAAUGUCACAACAGAAGAGCUUCUUGGACAGGAUUAUGUACCAGUCGAUGGAGAUCCAGAAUUCGAGACAUUUGCGAAGAUUUUCUGUGCCCCCACUCGAAAGCAACUCGAAAGUGGUGAUGUUAGGAGCUUCUACCACCUUCAUAAUGGCGGACUGAGCUCAACCUUCAAUCGACUAUGGAAUAUAUCCCUCUAUGACAUAGAAUCAGUGGUAAAUAGCGGGACUCUGCGGUCUGUGCUGGACGAUGUUAUAGGACAGAUCAUACUCAGAACAAAAGCUCGGAAGAGGCUACAUCUGCUGUGGGAAGGCACCAUCCCAUUCGAGAUUCCGCAAUUGAAAUUCAGGGGCCAGACAUACGCAGAUGGGACACUCAUGGGAUACAACAAGGAUGACGGGGGCUUUAACAUUCCGCUAGCAUUUCUAUCAAUCGUAAAGGAAUCCGGGGAUGAUGGAAUUGCCAAAUAUCAAGUUCCACAGACCCUAUUUCCAGCCAUUAUUUCCUAUUCCCGCAAUCCCAAGCUCAGUGAGUAUCAUGGUCAUGCGAUAUGCUAUGAUGGGGUAUACAUGUACGUCUGUAAAGCCAUAGUAUCUUCAGCAUAUAUGGAAGCUCUGUGUAAGCAUGGUUCUGUUACCGAGGACUUGCGGUUCUAUCGUUCUGAACCAUUUGAAGUCCUGGAACCUGCUGGUCGAAGGGGAUUCAUACGGCUUAUUGUGACUCUUUUUCGGUAUCUCAGUCAAGAUUAA